AUGAUGGAACAAGACACAUCUGCCAUUACGGACAUUACCGACGGGGCCAAACGUCUGGCCCAAGAACUGGACCAGUACAUUGCGGCAGGUCCGAACCGCUCGGCCGUCACGGGCGACACUGCUGCUACUAGUAGUACGAGUGCUGCUGCUAAUAAUGCGACCUUGUCGAACGAUGCCAUUGCCGACCUUCAAUUGGCCACGGCACGAAAGUUGAGAGAGUUACUCCCCAACAACCGCGACCUUCUGCUUCUAGCACAAGAGAGGAAUUGGAUUCCUCUACUGCUGAGUUGGCUGAAUCUACACGACAGACCCGCGGUUCAGGUGGAAGCCUUGUUGGCAUUGACCAACAUUGCCGAGCUUUGCGCCCAACAGUCCUAUUUGCAAGCACAAACUUCCGCCGUUGCUUCGGCUACACAAGCAGCAGCCGCAGCUGCCAAAACCACUCCUCCGGCGCCCUUAUCGGCUCCUCUCUACUCCUUUGGAAAUACUUCUACUAAUAGUAGUGGUAGCAAUGCCAAAACAAACAACAACAACAACAACAGUUCUACGUCCACCACAACCUCCUCGACCACUCCUGCCGCAACGUAUCCUUAUCCUUCUCUAGUAGCACCAGCUCCUGGCAGUGUCCCCUUUCCACCACUCUCCUUCUCACAGACACUCUCUCCGGAAGCCGUUGCCGCAUUUGAUGCCAGUCUCGUUUCCACCAUUCAAUCGGGCACGGAUGUCGCCAACACGUCGUCCACUUCCACCAACAGUGCCACUUCUACCAAUAGUAGUAAAAAGGACACCACCAAGACUGGUUGGCGCCCACAAUAG